GUCUCUACUUCGUGCGUCUUCCGGUCACUCCCGACUCCGGUGCGGUGAGCCCCUCGCCGCCCGCCGGCGAUCUCCGUAUACGAGAGGAAACAAAUAGCCAGCCCGGCAACUCUCCCGCACUCCGGCUCGGUAGCCUUUCCCUUUCCCCGUUCGGUUGGUCCAAGCGCUCGCGCUCCUGGCCAGCUGGUUGGCUGGAUCUAGCCGGCCAGAACCCUAACCUAACCCGGCGGGUCUCCAAUCCUGUCCGCAUGGAGCCGGCCGCCAACGGCGACAAGCCCUCCGACGAGCAGCAGCAGUUCGAUCCCAGCCGGAUGAUUGGCGUCAUCAAAAGGAAGGCCUUGAUUAAAGACCUAGCCGCUGCUUACCACGCUGAGUGUGUAGCAUGUUGUAAAGAGCUUCUGGAACUCCAGAGGAAGUGGGAGGAGGAGCAAUGUGUCGAAGCUAAGAUGCCCGAAGUGCCAAAACCAUCUUCGACGAAGCCUUCUAAGCGCAGGAAGAGGUAGAUCUACCAGGGGAUUAAUCGAUGCUGCAGUUUACUUCAGUGGGGGAAAUGGGAAGAGAAAAGAAAAGACUCAUGUAAACAUAGUUGACCUCCUGAUACACAGGAAGGCGUGGUAAAAAACUCUACUGAGAUUCGUGGUCUUCAAAAUGUGGCACGAGCUAGUAAAAAAGUUUCGAGUAAUGUGUGUGUACUGGUGUGGUCAAUCACCAUGUGAACUUGUGAAGUGAAGCAACCUACUAUCACGGCUUGCUGCUGUCUUGCCCUCUGGGUAAAAAACUUAUCCCGGCUUGCUGGUUCGGCUA